GGUUUUUUUUCUUCUGAACUUUUGAAGUGACUUCAUCUGAAUGUAUCGAAAAUCCUCUCACAGCGUUGAGAGCUCUGAUGUGUGGUAGAGCCUUCAGGGUUUACUGUGGGGGCCGUCACAUGAGGGCUUGUGUCUUGAGCGGCAGCUCUUCACUUCCUCUGACUGCAGUGGUUGAUGUGCACAUGGACAUGAAGGCUGCCGCCGCACACACUUCAACCUUUUGAAGCGUCACGUUCGAUGGAGUCCAGCUGUGUUCUGAAAACACGCCCGUGGAUGAGUCUUCAUGCUCUGGGAAGGAUGGUGGACUUCAGCAAACACGCAGAAGACUUUUGAUGAAAAAGGUUUUACUGCCUGUCCUCUUCCUGUGUGUGCACACUGAUUCACCGCCAUCCCUCCUUAGGACUGAGGUGAGACGGCAAAAGCUCCAGAGCAAACGUCUGCAGAGACAUGGAGUCCUCCAAUUCCACCCACUGUGCAGGUCACGGCCAGGGCCUGGGGGUCUACAUCGUCAUCGCUGUUCUGUCUGCCAUCGUCAUGCUGUUCACUGUGCUGGGGAUCGUUCUUCUAAAAAAGUAUCGUUCCACGGUCCAUACUGUUGCAGAGCUCCAGCGCAGCAAGCUGUUUUUUCCACAGAUACAACUUCCCAGCAUGCCUAUGGUGGCUCCUGCAGCAGAGGAGGAUGAGCAAAUGGAUGAGCCUCUUCCUCCUCGAACUCCUCUGCGGAUUACCAGCACACUCAGGUCCUGCUCAAAGAGGCUGAGGAAAAGCCAGGACCAGAAUCUUCAUUUCACCAAGUCUGACCUGAACCUGCUGCACCUGAUCAAAGCAGGCAAGGAGGGGGUCUUCUACCAGGCCAGGAUGAGCAGAGGGACAUGUAAAGGCCACACCAUGUUGACCUGCAAGAUCAGCAAAGAAGGUGUGCGUCUGAAACAUGUGGAGACCGAGGUUUCCAUCAUGAGGAAGUUGAUGCACCAUAAGAACGUCCUGCAGCUCCUGGACUGGAACACAUCAGAAGAGCCAUUCAUGCUGAUCAUGGAAUACGUGAGCUUUGGGACUCUGAGAACUUUCCUCCAGACCAACAGAGUCCACCUGAGUGGAGACCCUGAGCUGCAGAGUCUGCUCACUAUCGCCUCCUAUCACAUCGCUCUGGCCAUGCAGCACCUGCGCUCCAAAAUGAUCCUUCACUGCGACUUGGCUUUGAGGAAUGUCAUGGUCAACAAGUUUCCUUGGGAGGUGAAGGUGGCAGAGUUUGGUCUGGCUCAAGACAUGAGCCGUACGGCCAGCCGCUGCAGCACUCGUUGGCAGAGUCCACAGGUAAAGAAUUCAACAACGCCACAGCGGGUGCCGCUGCGCUGGUACCCCCCGGAGUAUUUCAAGAACAAGUAUUACAGCUUCAAGGGAGAUGUGUGGUCGUUCGGCAUUGUGCUGUGGGAGAUGCAGACGUUUGGCACCUUACCGUACCCAAACCUGGAGCGAUCAGAGGAAGUGGUGUACCACAUCUGCAUGGGUCAUAAGAACACCAACCCUCAAGGCUGCAGACCUGAAAUACUUCACAUCAUGCGGGACUGCUGGCAGGAGCCUCACACGCUCAGGCCGUCCUUCUCUGACAUUGUCUGCCUCCUGGAGAACACCAUCGAAAAUGAUGCAGAUUAUGUGGAUGUGGAGAGUUCACAGGAUUUGAAGAAGGAUGAACCUCAAUGUCACGAGGCCAGAAGUCUGCAGACAAGUGCUGUCCUACAAGAUUAAAAUGGCAUGUAGAUCACACAUUAGGCUCAGUGUUGCCAGAUAGCCAUGGAAACAUUAUCCAAAAAGCACCAAACCCACAAAAACCCUGAACAGUUCAUCUGUGAUUAAUUGGCCAUUGUUAAUCAUCCAUUAUUUUUACUUCCUGUUUGAUUGAAAGCCCAACUUUGAGACAUUUUAAUGAUAUUACAUCCACCAUGUUGGCAGUCAGUCAGAGAAAGACAUGUGAUGGCAGAGUCCUAUGCACUCCUAUUAAACUUUAUCAGCAACCAUCGAAGAACAACCGAGAACUCACCUUACCCCCCCCCCCCCCUCCUGAAACAUCAGGAACAAUCACCAAAAAAAAAAAAACUAAAGGACAGAGAAAAAAGCCCAAAUUAUUAAAUACCAACGGUCCUUGUAUAACCUAAUAUGAAGAAAGGUUUUUUGCAUUUUUACUCUUUAUGAAUUUUAGUGAGGUAAAAUUUGAGCAAAUCUUCUUGUGAAACACAUUCAAGAGUGGUUUGAUUUUUAAAAAUCUGUUUUUGUAAAUAUAAUUUAUAAGUGUUAAUUAAAUAUUCAAAACUAAAUAAAGUAACUUAUCACUUGAGAUUACUCCAAAAAGUAUUUGGUAUUUUCCCAAUACUGUUCAAAACCAACAGUAAAAAUGAUCCCAAAACCUCUACACAUUGAUAAAUGAUCUAUUUUUUCUUUAUUAAUAUCUCAAAACACCUUCUGUCUUUUCAGAGCACCUUAAUGUCAGAUACUGACACCAAAUAGACACAUUUAAAAUACAGAUUAUAUGGAAAGUGAAGACAUGAAAUAAAAAUGCCUACCUUUUUUAAAUUUAAUAAAAAUUGACAUUAUUAGUAUACGCUGAGUAAACUAAAGGAACGCCAUCAACCCAAUUUAUAUAAGAUUACACAAUCUGCCAUGAGGCUUCAUUCUGUGCUGUAAGCCUAUCACUUCGCCUUAUUAAAGGUCAUUCAAAUAAACUGCAUUUAUAGAACAGAUUGUAUACUCACAAUGGCGAGGAUAGUUUACAGGUGAGGCACUGGCUCAGCCGUCUCCCCUGACUGCACGUCCCUGCUGAGACAUAUUUUAAUAAGGAACCAAGAAUCACAGAACCGAUCCCAAACCCACCCAAAUGUUGUCCGACCACACAAAGCAGUUUUUACCCGCAAAUUUAGAAUCAAAACCACCCAAUGGGCAGGAAACCACCCAAUCUGUCAACGUGUAUUUGGCUGUGUCUAAUGAUGUUGCUCUGCUUGUGGACACUGUAAAUAUACUGUCUGAAAUAUCCACUGUAAUUCCAAAAGUGUUCAUCUGCCUUUACACACAAAUGUACUGAGAAAAGCGUUCUGUCAGGUAGAAGAUAGGACUCUGUGCAGACCAUUACUCCUCCAAAACCCCACUGGAUCGUCCAUGUUUUCAUGGAUCUUCUUUCAUAGUUCUUUUCACUAAAACUGAGGGGCUAAGCCCAUCUCCCAACAACCACGCCCCACGAGACAAUCCUAAGCAUCAUCAGCUAAAUGAAAUGUCAUCCACUGCUCUGCUUUAGAGUCCAGUUGCAGCGUCCAUAUGAUUUGAUGCCCCCCCGUUUGUGUGGUUUACUACUUGAAGGCCAAGCUGCUGUCAUUUCCAAACUCUUCCAGUGUAGAGCCGAUGACAGCUGUCUGGUCACAGAACCGUUCACUGAAGAGUUAGAAACAGUCUGCGUGGUAAGGAUGAAAUGCACCUGUGGAUACAUGGAAGUGAAAGAACUCCUGGGUCAACACAGAGGAAUUACUUUUGGCAAUAUGUAGUGUAGAAAGUUCAGAGGUUAAUAAAACAUAAAAACUCUUCAACAGCGGGAAAAAUUCUGAUGGAAAGAGAAGCACCUGGGACCAACAGUUUGAGACUUUUCCUAAUGUUUUUUUUUAAUUGAUUUUCCAUUUCUGUUUGUUGAUUCAAAUCCAGAUUCUGUCUGUCAUUUUAGUUUAAUCUGGGAGGACACAAACAUGCACAUUUGUGUGAAGUGUGACUUUUCAGAUCUGCCAGCAGUGAAUCAUCAGUCUGUGUGUGUUCAACUAGACUGUAUUAUAAUAUCCUGGUUAUGUUCAUUCUAGAUGUGCUAAAUUAGUUAUUCUAAAAAUGCUGAUGAUGUGUUUUCACACUCAGUGUUCAUGCUGGUGUGUGUUUUUAUUUGUAAUGUUACGUUUAGCAAAGAAGCUGUGCAAAAUAAAGAUAACAAAAUGUCAAUUCAACUGAAAC